AUGUGUGAUCAGGCUGAAGUUGUUUACUCUGAUGGGGAUAUUGUAUGGGUAAAACUAGGAUCUUGUUGGUGGCCCGGUGAGGUUGUCGGUUCAGAGAAACUACCACCAAAUGUCCUUGCUUCAUUUAGGAAACCACCAAUUGCUGUUGUGAAAUUCUUUCAAGAAGAUACAUUUGAAUAUGUGAAAAAUCCAAAUGCCAUUUACAAGUAUGAGUGUAGCCGGAAAAAUGAGUUCAUCCAGAAGGGACUCUACAUGUACAGAACCAAACAUGGACUUUUAGAGAAAUUUCCUGAAGAUGUGAUUCGUGCUGAAACUGCUGUUGGUGGAGAUAUUGAAAUACUGACUCGGGAUGAGUUUCAGGAAACCAAAAAAGAGAGUUAUGCUGACCUUUUUGGUAGUCCUAGAAAGAAGACACCUGCCUCUGCUAAAAAAGGAAAGAGUCACAAGGGAAGGUCACCUGAAUUUUCUAAACUUUCAACUCCAAUCAGAAAGAUAAAGGAGAAAACCAAUUACAAAGUCCACAUAUUAGUACAAGGUUCUAAAACACCCCAACAAGUUGAAGAAACAACUCCAUCAACAAGUAGAGCUAGUUCUGAACCAACUGAUGAAAAGUUGCAAGAAAAAAAUAUUGAGCCAUCUAAGGAGAAUUUAUCUUGUACUACUCCUACAGUUACAAGUCCUGGAAUAUAUGCUUGUCAUGCUUGUCAAUUUUCUACAUCACGCCUCAAUGUUCUUAUUUUGCACAACAAAACUCAUAGUUCCACAUUUACACCUUACGUUCCAACACCAUUUAAGAAAAAAUCUGUUAAAAUCAACAAAACACCGAAAUCUAUAACAAGUACUCCUAAAAGUAAAAAAGGUCGUAAACCACGACAGGAAAAACAAGAGCUAUUGCUUGAUAAACAGGGACAGAAAAGAGAAGCAGAAGAAAACAAUGAACGUGAAGUUAAGAAAGCUAAAACAGACGAAGAAAUCAAAAGUAGUUUGCUAGCUGAUUGGGAUGAUGGCGAUGAAGAUUCCGUUGAAGAGUCUUCUACUAUUGCUAAUGCAAGUUCUCCAGAUGUUCCCGUGGCAGCGGGCUCACCGGCAGUACCUACACCAGCUGAAUUACCUGUUGCCCAAUCUUCAAAUGAACCUGAGGCAAAAGACAGGGAGAGUAAAAAAGAUGAAAGUAUACCUUCUGAGAAAUCAGAACCAUCUAAUGAUGCUAAAUAUGAGUUUUGCGAAGAUGAAGAUUGGCCUGUGGAGGCUGAUAUGGGAAGGAAAAUUCCUCGUGUUAAACCUUUAAAACGCAAAGAAGAUACGAAAAGUCUUAGUAUUGAUGAAAAUGAAAUGGCAAAAGAAGUAGCAGAACUUUUAAAUAAAACCACAGUUCCUGAAUUGCCCUCAGCUCCAGAACCUUUAAAGGUUGAAGAAAAUUUUCCGGAGCCUUCAAUUGUAAAAUCUCCGGAUAAAAAAUCCGAAAAAUUUGCUAGUGACUCACCAGAAAAAAAAAAAGAUACUGAAGUCCAAUCAACUAGAACCAUAUUUAAAACUAAGACAUUUUUUCGUAGCAGGCAUUCAAGAAGCCAAGAUGCAAUAGGAAAAUACGUUGCAGAACAAUUAAACGCAGCGGAACGUCUCGAUUUGAUCGAUAACGACUUAAAUGGCUCCGAUACUACGCCAUCCCCUGAACCUAGAAUUUCAUCUCCGACGGAACACGUUAAAGUGGCUCGACUUGCGCCUAAAAUACAAUUAAAGAAAAUGAAUGCCGAAGCAGCACAAUUGCGAGAAAAGGAGAGGUGCGAAAGCGAAAAGCUUAAUUGUGAAAAGGUGAAUAAUAAUAAAUUAGAAAUUGUUCCUGAACAAAAAUUGAGUCCCAAAAUUACAAAUCAAAAUGAAAGUGAUAAAACUAAGCAAAUAACGGAAUUUCCAAUGGAAAGUAGUGAAAAAGAACCUUUAUUAGAUAUUACUCCCCCACAAAGAACGGUUGAGGAAACUAACCCUGUAAUAACUUUCACAACUGCAAUUGAAGACAGCACAAAUAUACAAGAAACGACGGCGGAACAGGUAUCUAUUUUGAUAGAGCAAGGCUCUAAUGUGUCUAUAAAACCAAAUAGCAAACAGGAUAUUAAUAAAUCAUACGAUUCAUGUAUGAGUGAAUCUACGGCAUCUGCAGUUGACGCAUUAUUAAGUGUUUCAAGAGAAACCGAUAGAGUCACAAAGGUGAUAAGUAGUGAUCCACCGGAAGACUUAUUUGAAGAUGACAAUAAGGAUAUUGUACUUGCUUCUGAGACUAAUGGUUGUGAAGAGAAUCCAAAUGGAUUCGUCAAUAAUUCAGAAGUAAAUAGAACGGAAGAUCAUGCAAUCGCAUCAGACAAUACGACAAAUGAGGCAUUACCACGCGUGGUUGAAAAUGAAAAAGUUAUCCUAGAAAACAUAUUAAACGAUUCUGUUAAAACUAACCCUGUGGUUGGCAAUGAAACACUGAUUUUAAAUAAACAGAAUACACCCCUAGACAGUAUUCAUGUCAAUACAGAGGAUUCGGAUUACUACAAAGAUGAGACAACACCAAUAUGUGACGCUAAGCAAGAAGACAAUGUUUUACAAAUUCUUCCAAGUAAUAUACCAACUGAAUCAGAUUUACAAAUUGCUGAAGCCUUAAUAAAUUUACCAUCUACAACGAUUCAAAACAAAGUUUCUGGGGAUAGUCAAGAUCAAUUGGCAUUACCAAAUAAUGAUCCAGAGCAAACAAAUCAAAUUACAAUGAAUAUUGAUGCACUUGCAAAUAACACAAGUGAACAAGAUAUAAAUGACCAGGAGAGUAUUACAAAUACUGAUGUCCUAACAAAUAAUAUCAGAUUUGAAAGUGAAGAAGAAAAAAGCGAAAAUUUGAAUGCCGCUCAGUCCUUAGUGCAAAUGUCUGAAUCUGUCGAUCAUAAGAUAAAUAUAACAGAAGUUAAGUCGCCUAAUAAAGGGGAGUUAGCCUCCACAACAUACUCUUCUCUUAAAACUGAUGUUGCUCUUGAUAAAAAGCCUAACUCCAAACCUAUAUCAAAUCUCGAAAAAAUAGUGAAAUCUGAUGAUUUAAAUGGAAACUUACCAAAAAUUGAAACAAGUUCAAAACUAUUAAAGAUUUUAGAAGAACCUUGCACAUCUAAAGUUUCUAUCACAAGUACAGUGGUCCAUAAAAAGGUAAUUGUCCCUAACAGAGACAAAAUUUUAAACCUGGAAGUCAAUAAACCAACUAUCAAGCCUAAACAGCCAGCUAAACAGAAAAUCAUAAUAAGGCGAACGACACCCCAAAAAACAUUAUUGAACAAUUUAAACGAAGCAACGACUCCUGAAAAAAUUUAUUUAUCGCGUAAUACCAAGCCACUUGACGACGGUACCUCAAUGCAAAGUUACACAAUACAAACUACGCCAGAUAUACAAACGAAUAAAAAUACAUUUGUUAUUCAGCAAAAACUAAGAAAAGUUCCGAAACCUGCCCAUAAGAUUCAAAAACCUAAAAUACUAACCUCAACCGUACCUACAAUACUCAACAACAAGAUAGGAAAAGAAGCAGCAAAGCCCAAUGAGACUAUUUUUGAUAUAAACUCGAUGCCAAUUGUGAUUUCUGAUGACAUAUUAACUCCCGAGAGUAUAGAAAAAAUGCCGAUUGUCAUGUCGGAUGGAAAUGUAAUUACUUCGACGGCCACAAAUAAAGUGAAAAUAAAAAAAGGAAACACUAGUGAAAAAAUUACAGUUACAUCUUCUAAUAAACAAGAUAUUAGUGGAAUUUCGACACACGUUCACGAUGGUAAUAAAGUGACCACCCCUAACAUAUUAUCUAAGUCACCAAAAUUGAAAUCGCCUAAGCCUAUGUUAAUAAUAGAUAAAGCGACUGGAAAACAAAAGCUCAUCAUGCCGAAAUGUGACUCGCCUAUAAAAGAAAUAAAACCAUCGCCCAAAUUAGCGGUAUCCCAAAAUAGUCCAAAAACAGAAAAGUUUGUUAUAUUACCGUCUCCUGCUUCUCCGCGACCGACAAGAACUCAGAAAAUCGUCAUAGAUCCUCAAACAGGAAAAGCACACGUCGUCGUUGAAAAAGGAAUGGUUACAACGCCUGUGACAGACAAUAAACCUGUUUCAGCAAAGUUAAUUCCGUCGGCGUCGGAUACGAAAGCUCCCGGGAACACGGUCAUGAUUAUAACUAACGCGCAGGGUACACAGUCCAGGAUAGUUCUUACGCCUGAGCAUGAGAAGAUUUUAUUCCCAAAUAAACAACAGCAAAAUGUACCUCAACUUAAAGCAGCGCAUCGCAUAUCGACAAACGUUACGUCACAACAAAAAAGCGUAGUAACUUCGGUUGCUACAGUUAAAACCCCCACGAAAAUAGUCGCCAAACAACAAAAAAGUGCAAUUAUAACAUCUAAGGGGCAACUGAUAGUCGGAGGACGCUUAGCGACUACAACACAAAAUAUUGCACCUUUACCGGACAUAAGAGCUACUAAGAAGUUAAUUCCAGCCGAACCUAAAAAGCUUGCGCCAGCGAUACAGAAAUCAACACCGGAACAACUUCUAUUUCUUCAAAAGCCAGGCACUGUAAUGUUGACCGCAGCUCAGUUUGAACAUUUACAGAGAACCGGUCAGAUAAUUCAGAAAGUCCCUAUACCCGCUCAGGAGAAUAAAAUUGUCAUUCAAAAGACGAUUACAAAGACAGCGACAGAAGGCGUUAAACCGACACCUAAGCAGCGAGCGCGAAAGCAACAGACCGAGUCAUCUGCUCCAUCCAAGAAAGUUAAACAGGAUGUAACAAUAGCGCCCGCACCAGCACUCACCCGUGCACCGAUGUCACCAUCCGCGUUGAACGUGACUGUAACGGCCACUGCCACCGUGUCGAGUUCCAUCGUCUCUGCGACCUCUUCAUAUACCGACAUGGAAAACUUUGAAGAACUUCUCCCUACGACGACGAUCUCUCGGACUCGCGACGCAGAGGCCACACCCCAUGAGCAGUCCGGUCAAGUUUCUCAAACUCCCGCGGCACCCCUUUCCGAUGGCCAGUUGUUGGCCGUACCCGGAGAGCAUUUUGGAGGCCCUCAGGGUUCCUUUUACCUUUGCGUCGAGGAAAACGGCACUUUUACCCCCAUUGACAAUCGCCCGCUAGUCUUGGAGAAUAAUCAACUAGUACCGAUGCCUGAAUCCCUCCCCGUGAUCGCACCUCAGCCGGAGCGGCGGGAUAUCUUGGAGGCGGCUCUCGCCAACAGUGACGUGUUCCACGCCGAAAGUACCCGCGACGAGGCACCAGACUUCCGGGACCUCAACGCUAACGUAUCCGUUCAUUGCAGCGUUUCAGAAACUAGUACAACUCUCAAUCAACCGAUUAUGACUCCGGUCGAAGUUCCGUCCAAAGGGGACUCGGAGCCGGCUGUGCCUUCAAACUUAGAGGAUGGAUUAGCGGUGAUCGGCGUCACGCCGCAUAGCGUACCCACAUCUCUCGAACUGCCGAUAACCGUAACCGAUCCACGGAUAGCCCCUAAAACUACGGACCCACUCAGCAACAGUAACUACAGAACUUCCCUUUUACCCUCGCCCAGUACGAUGACCUUCGUGGUGACGGAGGAGACGGGUGCGCCGAUCGUGGGCCCCAUUUCUAUGCCCCUAUUGACCGAGGAAGAAUCGGUCGGCAAAUCGAUGCCAAUUCUCAUGGACGAGAUAACUGAGAGAACGGUGUCAUCGGUAGAGUCGGCCGUGGGCUCCCCAUCGUCGAUCGACGUUCGUGAAUCGGAAACCGAGGACGGCAGCCAGUGGCCGCGAAGGUUACUCACUCCGGGAUCGGACAUCUCAGAGGCUUCAGUUGAGAUUCCGCUGCAACCCGCUAUUCAGCUUUCUGUUAGUGAUAUAUCUUAUAACGGUAGUUAA